GCUAAACGUAAGAACGUAAAGUCUGUUUUCUGUGGCUGAACUAGUGUACUUUUGCAACUUAAAGGGAGAUAGAUAUAUGUUUUGUCCGCUACAGUUUGAUAUUUGUCGAAAGCGAGAAAGAGAGUUCUAGCACAAUCUAAUGCAGGAACAGAAAACAGAAACAGAUCACUAUUUAUAUUUCAUGAGAUUUCUUGUAUGUACAAAUAGCAACAAAUAGUAAAUGAGUUCCUUAAACACGAGGCAAUACACGGUUAUCGUAAUCCUGCAAUAUGUUAUAUUGCUCUUUGACGUUUGCAUAAAUUCGUUCGCGAGCUUUGCCAGGCAGCAUCCAACCGACCUGCUGGUACUUUAUGUGAUUCAAGACUUUUGCCUCAUCGUAGCCCUCACGUUGCUCUUAGUAAACUUCUUUUCUACUUACAUCUUUCAGGCAGGUUUGAUACAGCUACUGUACACAAGAUUCCGUAUGACAUUAGUAUUAUGCAUUAUCUAUAUGAUAUUAUCAAUCAGUUUGCAUACAUGGCACAUCAGUAUACAUUGGUCAAUGCCGUUAAAACAUUAUUGGACAAAAGAAUUUUACACUCUUUAUUCUGCACAUAGAACAGUUGCAGUGCUAUAUUAUUACUUUUACAAAAGAGCCUCUCUGAGAAUCGGUGAUCCAAGAUUCUACAAAAGUUCUGCUUGGGUACAAAAGCAAUUGAGUAUUCCGUGAUUACACGUAAAUAAAAUUUCGAUGAGACAUAAAGGGUAAUUGUAGCUCUGAUAAAAUAUAGAUGUAAGAAUAUAUCUGUGUAUUUCAAAUCUAUUAUUUUAAGCUUUUUAUACA